UUUCGAUUUCUUUCAGUCUCCAGAAUUGCGGUCGGUCUUCUCGUAGCCUUCAAACUAAAAACGGAAAGAAAACAUUGCUGGAUAAAUGGCGUCUUCUUUCGAGCGGGUGUUGCGGUACAGCUGAUUCUCUUGACUCAAUGGGACUUCCAAGUUUUCUUGACCUUUGAAGGCGAAGGCGUCGGCCCGAAGACUUUCGCUUCUCUUACAUCAGAUGCCGGCGGACUGAAUUGCUUCUGAGAAUCCGAGAACAAAGCCUUCGGCAGCCGAGGUGCGGCGUCUCUUCUUGUGCGUUGCAGGAGGACGGUGUGCACGAUGACCACCGCCCGGUACCGUCCCACCUGCGACCUGGCCCUGGACCCCCUCGUGUCUUGCAAACUGUGCCUCGGCGAGUUCCCGCUGGAGCAAAUGACCACCAUCUCGCAGUGCCAAUGUGUCUUCUGCACGCUGUGCCUGAAGCAGUACGUUGAACUCCUGAUCAAAGAGGGCCUCGAAACCGCUAUUAGCUGUCCAGACUCUGCCUGUCCAAAAAGGGGGCACCUACAAGAGACUGAGAUUGAGUGCAUGGUUGCCACGGAAAUAAUGCAGAAGUACAGGAAGUUGCAGUUUGAGAAGGAGGUGCUGCUGGACCCUUGCCGGACCUGGUGCCCGUCUUCGACGUGCCAGGCGGUGUGCCAGCUGAAGGAGACGGACGCGGCGCUGCCUCAGCGGGUGCAGUGCGCCGUCUGCAGCCUGGAGUUCUGCUCAGCCUGCAAGAUCCGGUGGCACCCGGGCCAGGCGUGCCAGGAGAAUCAGCCGAUCACCGCUUUCCUGCCUGGAGAGACGAGCUCUUUCUAUAAGGCGGAUGAGGAUGACGCUCCGAUCAAGCGGUGUCCGAAGUGUAAGGUUUACAUCGAGAGGGACGAGGGGUGUGCCCAGAUGAUGUGCAAGAACUGCAAGCACGCCUUCUGCUGGUACUGCCUGGAAUCGCUGGACGACGACUUCCUCCUGAUCCACUACGACAAAGGGCCGUGCCGGAACAAGCUGGGCCACUCCAGAGCGUCCGUCAUCUGGCACAGGACGCAGGUGGUGGGCAUCUUCGCCGGUUUCGGGCUCCUCCUGCUGGUGGCCUCGCCCUUCCUGCUCCUGGCCACUCCCUUCGUCCUGUGCUGCAAGUGCAAGUGCAGCAAGGGGGACGACGACCCCCUGCCCACCUAACGAGGGCCGGCCCCCGGACGGCCCCGCCCGGCAGGGGCUGCUUCUCCUUUUUCUUGUUUUUUUGGUUUUUUUUUUUCCUCUCCACCUCCUCCCGGCCCGGAGCUCUUUGUUUCGGGGUUCGACUAGGGAGGGGACGUUUCCCGCAUGAUUUUACAGACCAUCCCGUCCUGUCCGCUCCCCCCACCCCCCCCCCCGGGUCUGGACGGGAGGACUGGCCGCAGAGGGACCGUGGGCCCCAUCCAGGGCGUCGUCGUGGCGUGCGGGCGGCCGUGGGAACGGCGCCAAAGAAGACAUCGGCCCGCGGGGCGUAGUCGGCGCGGCGGGCUGGCGGGCUGCCAAAGAGGGCGGAGGCGGACGCGUGAAUCUUUCCUGAACCCUUCUCUCUCUCUCUCUCUCUCUCUCUUUCUUUCUCUCACGCUGUCUUCCGUCACUGUCCCACCUCUCUCGGACUUCCCCGUGAUGUCUGUUCUCACUUUCCUCUCUAGGCUCGCACCCCCACCCCCCCCCACCCCACCAGCAUUUCCAUUGCGCUCGGCAGCUGAGAGGGACGCGUUCGUCUUGCUUUCGUCUUUAGCGCUUCUGCCUUUGACCCUAAACAGUGGUUUCGACGUUGCGUUUCAUUUCUCUGUAACGUUUCUGUCGAACCCCCCCCCCCCCCGAAACGCACCUCCUCCAUCACCUCUAUGAAGCUACAGUUUUUUAAGGUCAAUAAUGAUCAUUUUCAGACAUUUAAACGUUGUUGUUAAAAUGUAAAAUUUAAAUCAUGUAGCGUGCCAUUUUGGAAUCAGGUUUUCACGUCGCCUGUUAAAAAAAGCACAGGGAAAAAAUGUCUCAUUGAAGUAAUCGGUGUUACAAUGUUGUGAUAUGGUUUACCAUCAAAACUAGUACGGUUCAUAACCUGUGCUUGAUGACAUUUGAGAAUAUGUGUCUCAAUAGUUCCAUAUCAAAUAUUUCACUGUUAAUCAGUGUCAAAACAGUCACCCGUAUCUGUCCAGCUUUGAACUCAGUUGGUGUAAAUAUCCAAACCGCUGUUGCUUGCAACAGUAAUAUGCAACCGUGGUGUAAAACCAACUGCAAGAAACUUUAGAAUUCAACAACUGGGCUAUGUCAGCCAAGAUAUAGCUGCAACGAGUGCUGCAAAAUAAUGUCACAAGCUCUUAUGCGGCUGUUUUUAUUUUAAGAGGGCUUUCAUGCAAAAUGUAAAUAAUUUGCAGGGUAAUUAAUCUCAAACAGAAGAAUCUUUGCUCAAAACAGGACUUUUCUUAUCAAACCCAGCAUUUAGCUGCAGCGUGUAUGUCUGUGUAUAUACAAUAUAUAAAUCAAGUUGUACAGAACUUAAUAAAGUUAAUUCAUAUCCGACAUGGGUUUAGCAGUCAAACAAUGUGACUGUGUCAUGCAUUAACAUUGCAUCAUAUCAGAUGCACCUCUGUCACUACUAUGAAACAAACACGGGCUGGUAUAUUAAAAAUAAUAUCAGGGACGCUGAGAACAUCUCUGAAUCCUUUCAUCAGGUGAAAGCCCUCUGUCUUGAGUUACUCGGUCAGGACCACUGUAGCUGUUCCAACACGUAGCACCUUGGGUAGUUCUGGGAAAAGCCAAAAACCCAGGGGAUGCUCUUGGUUGGACGUGCCAAGAAUUUAACCCAUAUGUGGGUGGUAUUGUAAACUACUCUGUUCUCUGCGUGUGAUUACAAGGAGCGUGCUCAGUCCACGCAGGUCAUCCUCAUCCACAGAUGUAGCCCAAAAUACACGUUCAGUGGUUUCGUGAGUUCCGUAUAAAAACAAACAAGAUGUUUUCUGCUUUCAUGUUUUUUUUUUUUUUUGUUUGUUUGUUUCUUUUAUUUUAGCUGAAAAGGUCUUUAGAGCUGCUGUUUUUUUUUUUUUAAAGGUACGUUGAUUUCACUGUUGAUGCGCUCUGUAUGUUCGAUGAAACUCUUUCAAAGUGGUUCUUUUUCAAGUGCUUGUCAACUUUAUGCAGGAAGUUCAAGAUUAUUUCAGGAUUAACAUUGAUUUAUGAUUCUGUACUUCCUGAAUUAUUUUCUCUUGAAAGGCUAGCCUCACCUACCCUUUUCAGUUUAUUUUAAUCCUUUGCUUGAAAUGAUCACAUGUUUGUACAAUCUAAUAACACACCCAUUACCCAUUGUUUAGUGAGGUAUUGCUACAGUAUGUUUGUGGUUUUGAACAACGGUAGCCUGUUAGUUAGAAGUGCCAAGUCAUGCCUGUUCAGGCGUCUGCAUUUGGCAGUUUCAUACACGGUGAAAAUUCCUCAACAGUUUCCUUGUGUCACCACAUAUCUCAUUGUCUACACCAAAUUAUGGCUGAAAACAUUUGUUGUUGUUGUUGUUGAACUGGCCUCACAGCAUUUUUUUCAUGCAUGCUGAUACUUAAUUUGCAUCGAGGCAACCUUCAAUAAUGUAGCAACCUCAACCCUGCAUACCCUGCAUUCCUGCUAUGGUAGGAAGUCAUGAAUCUUAUUUUUUAUUUUUAAGACAAGGUGGUGUCAAACCCAGUAAUCAUGGUUCUUCAUUUAGUGCAGGUGUGUGCGAUGACUCUGGAGGGAUUUCUAGGCAGUAGGAGAUUAAUUUCGGCUCAGACGUGGAAUUGCUUGGUUUCGUAACUUUUUGGGAUGCUUAUUUUUAGCUCCCUGGCCCGAUUGUUUAUGCCUGAGUGUGAGCUUUGGAGCCAUUGAGGGCCCCUGUACCUGCAGGGCUACUUGACCCUGGCCCAGCAGGGCAAUAGUGCCUGCAGAGCAAUCCAGUCCUGGCCAGGAGGGCAGCAGUGCCAGCAGGUCUACUCAACUCUUGGCCAGGAGAUUUGUAGUGUCUGCAACCUUUAGGUUCUGCCAAUUCAAAUAAUGCAUUGAUUCGAUUUACCUUCUCUCACUAAUUCUAAGGCUUGAAAGAGGACUAACAUUUGAACUGUGGUGUGUAGAACUGCCGGACACUUGAACUGUGCAACUGUGGUCCUUCGUAGCAGCAGUCGGCCAAAACUGAAACAUGUAGCUAUGCCUUAAUUUUUGGGACCCUCAUUUCUAGGCUCAUGCAGUGUUCUUUCCCCCGAUCCCACAUAAUUGUUUUAGAUGUGAUUUCCACAUACAGUCUUUCUGUAUUCAGUCUGAGGUUUCUUCAGUCGCUGUGAGCAAGGCUGGUCGGAGAUUUGCACUGUUAGAAGGGUCCAUUUCAUAAUGACAAUCGUGCCAUGUAUACAAGCGUAUCUCGCGGUGAUGACGGGAAAUUUGUUUUUGAAUUGGAAUAACCAGUGUGUAGGUUUACGUCCAUUUGUAUCAAGAAAAACUGGGGUUAGAUUGACAUGAACUGAUGGGGGCUUGAGAAUUAUCGCAAAAAAAAAAAAAAUGAAUUCUGGUUUUGUUUUUCAUUGGUGGAUCUGUAAUUUUGUUGUACCUCUGUUCUACUUUUUGAAGAAUUGUAUUCGUAAGGGCUACCUUUACCUAGAGUACCUGUCUUGAGGGCUGGAAUUGUAAGUGGAGAGGGUGGCUAGGCAGCGAACGAGAACGAUUGGUACAGGUUAGGCAGCAUCUUUCUUUCUUUGAUUCAGUUCUUACGAAUUCCUCUUUCAAGAUUUAAGUUUUUUUUUCCUGUUUCAUGUAACGGAUGUUUUUAUCAACAGACGUGUUUAAAUAAAACGUCGCCUCCGUCCCAAACACAUUUGGAUGCAAUCCGUCCAGUGAAAGGAAGGUCUACAGCGGGCUAAAACAUCAUGCAGCAAUCAUUAUACGGAGCCAAACUGAACUUUAAAAAGCUACUUAUUCCACAUUGAUGUUUGAUUUAAUUCAUAUGGCACAAAGCCUAGGUCUCCUUAGUUUUUAAUAGGCCAAGUGCAUUCAUUAAAUGACCAAAUGUUCAGUGUAAAAAUGAUUGAAUACUUUUAUAGAAUACUUUUCCUUGAUCGUAUGUAAGUGUUGAGAUAAUUUAACACUGGGCGUUUCCGUGAAGGGUUGGUAGAUUUAGGUCAUUUCUAUUAAAAAUAACACGUCUCACCUCUCUCACUGCAUAUGUUUCACGGCAACUCGUUGGUUUUAUAACAGAAUUGAAAGAAUUGCUCUGACAUUUCAAAAAAAUAAAAAAUAAAAGAAAGACCACUGUGGCCUGCACAAACACUAGAGCACAGCUUGACAUUUCAUCUGAAAAAAAUAAAAUAAAAUGUGAGCAUCUCUUUUCCUUCCUCCCAAGGACGAAAUUGCCUUUCACUAUUAUUUAGUUUGCCUUUUUAAUACGUAACACGUAAUUGUUUUCUUUUAUUUUGUUAUAAUUGUUACGUAUUGUAUUUGUAUUUACUGAAAGGAGGAAGGAAUUCUACUUGUAAAAAAAAAAAAAAAAAGUUGUAAUCUUGUAUUUUGGCAUGUGUGGAUAACGUAUUGUAUAUACAAAAUUGUAGUUCUCCCUGCAGAAAAAAAAUUAUGUAUUUACACGUAUCUAUUGUGCCACCUAACACUGUGACAUUAAAGAAAAUGUACACAUUU